CCUGCGACAGCUACCAUUUUGCAAAAGAUUUUGCUCAACACGUGUUCGCCGCUGGUUUUGUGUGGAAUUAAUAUUAAAUAUUACCUACAAUGGCUGAGGAAUCAUUCUACGGAGUCACUUUGACCGCCGAGAGCGACAGCGUCACGUGGGAUGUGGACGAGGACUACGCACGCGGCCAGAAGCUGGUCAUCAAACAGAUCCUCCUGGGCGCCGAGGCCAAGGAGAAUGAGUUCAACGUGGUCGAGGUGAACACACCCAAGGACUCCGUGCAAAUUCCCAUCGCCGUCUUGAAGGCCGGAGAGACCCGCGCCGUCAAUCCCGACGUGGAGUUCUACGAGUCGAAGGUGACGUUCAAGCUGAUCAAGGGCAGCGGACCCGUCUACAUCCACGGACACAACAUCAAGGACGAUGUGGAGGUGGUCGACAUGGAGGAGGAUGACGAGGAGGACGAUGUGGCCGAGGACGAGGAGGACGAGCACCCAAAGAAGCGCGCCAAGAUCGAGAACGCCGCCGAUGGUAAAAAUGCCAAGAACAACAAGAAGAAGUAAACUGCUGACCGCCAAUCAUCCAUCGAGGUUUAAGCUAUAAAGUGUAGAUUUUAAAGCAAAAACAGUUUUAGGCCCUAUAAUACAAUACGAUGCAUACUGAGAAUACAAUCUAGUUCCUUUUGAACAGCUCCUUUUACAUUCAAUUCAAAGACAACGUUGUGUGCUCGGUCGUGUUUUCCCAGCGAAUGGUCUGUCGCUCAGCCAGGAGUUCCGCUCCCGGAAGCGGGAGCGGAUCGGACCGUGACCGAUCGGACACUAAUCGAACACACAGAUUUGUAUAUAUAUUAAAGUAUAACUAAAGCUAAGCCGGACUUCCUGUACGCGCCCCUUCAUAUUUGCAGUAUGAAAAUAAACUCGUCGGAAUACAAACAAU